AACCCACAAGCAACCCCACCCACCACACACACACACACACACACACACACACAGACACACACACACACACACUAACUAAAGAUCAUUACAUCAGACUAUACUCCUCAGGAGGAACUAAUUCCUUCUUGUUUGGACUGCUGUGAGGAGUCAAGCACAGCAAAGAGAACAGCAAAGAUGGGGAAGAGGAAGUUCUCUGGGUUGGAGAUAGCCCUGAUGGUGAUGUUUGUCAUGAUCGGGAUAGUUGCCAUAGCACUUAUUGCCCUGCUUGCCACAAGAAUAAAUGAGACAAAGACAUUUAUAGCACAGUGUCCAAAUAUUCCCCUGGCUGAAAGAGUGGAUUGUUUUCCAGACGCAGGUGCCUCGCAGCAAAGCUGUCAGGAGCGUGGCUGCUGCUGGGGCCCACAUGAUCAAACAAACGUGCCUUGGUGUUUCUUCUCUAGUAAUCAUGGCUACACUGUGGUCAGUGAAAGCCAGCCAAGUAGCACAAAAUUGGAGGCCAGACUGAAAAGACAGGACGCACCAUCUCUGUUUGGCUCUGACAUUCUUGAGCUAUCCUUUGUAGCAGAAAUGCAAACAGAAAAUCGCCUUCGAUUUAAGAUCACUGAUGCAAAUGAAGCCCGGUUUGAAGUUCCUCAUGAACACAUCCAGUCUCUGUCCAGCUCUCAGAAUGGACCACUGAAGUAUGAGUUUGAGCUUCUCAAGAGUCCAUUUGGAGUGAGAGUUCGCAGAGCAUCCAAUAAAAAAGUCCUCUUUGAUACCAGUAUUGGACCGCUGAUUUUUGCUAACCAGUACCUACAGCUCUCUGCUAAACUCUCCUCGGAUAACAUUUAUGGACUCGGUGAACACGUUCACAAGAAAUUCCGCCAUGAUAUUGACUGGAAGACAUGGCCUAUAUUUACACGAGACGCCUUUCCAAAUGGUGGUACUCACAACCUGUAUGGUCACUACCCUUUCUUCAUGUGCCUGGAGGAUGAAAGUGGAAAAUCCUUUGGUGUUUUCCUAAUGAACAGCAAUGCUAUGGAGGUGACUCUUCAGCCAGCACCUGCUGUGACCUACAGAACAAUUGGAGGAGUUCUGGACUUUUAUAUCCUGCUUGGAGACACACCAGAGGCUAUUGUACAGGAGUUCACACAGCUGGUCGGCAGGCCAACUAUUCCUCCAUAUUGGGCUUUAGGUUUCCAGCUCUCACGCUGGGACUAUGGCAGCCUGGAAGAAGUCAAGAAAACAGUGGAGAGAAAUCGAGCAAUUGGCCUUCCUUAUGAUGUGCAGUACACAGAUAUAGACUACAUGGAGGACAAAAAGGACUUCACUUACGACAUGGUGAAGUUCAAAGACCUGCCACAAUUUGCUGACUACAUGCAUGCAGAAGGGCAAAAAUAUAUUCUCAUAUUCGAUCCCGCCAUAGCCACAAGCAAGAGAAUCAAUGGAGCAUACGAGUCAUAUGACAGAGGAACACAAGCUGAGGCAUGGAUCACUGAGGCAGAUGGAAAGACUCCAAUACUGGGAGAGGUUUGGCCUGGACAGACCGUGUUUCCUGACUACACCAAGCAAUCCUGCAUCAGGUGGUGGGUGGAUGAAAUCAUCCAAUUCCAUAAGCAAGUGAAUCAUGAUGCAAUCUGGAUUGACAUGAACGAAGUGGCCAGCUUUGUGAAAGGCUCCAGUAAAGGAUGUGCUGAUAAUUCACUGAAUUAUCCACCGUUCACUCCAAACAUCCUUGAUAAUUUGAUGUACAGUAAGACUUUGUGUAUGGAUGCAAAGCAGGCCUGGGGAAAUCACUAUGAUGUUCACAGUCUUUAUGGAUAUUCCAUGGUGCUGGCAACAGAAGAGGCUGUGAGGCAAGUCUUUGGCAGCAAUCGCUCAUUCAUUCUCACUCGUUCCUCUUUCCCUGGAGUAGGAAAGUAUUCAGGCCACUGGCUGGGUGAUAACGCUGCCAACUGGAAUGAUAUUAAAUGGGCAAUACCCGGCAUGCUGGAGUUUAACCUAUUUGGAGUGCCUUAUAUCGGUGCAGAUAUCUGUGGCUUUUUUGACGACACAACCGAGGAGCUGUGCACACGCUGGAUGCAAGUGGGAGCCUUUUAUCCAUUUAGUCGUAAUCACAAUGCUCAGUACUACAAACCUCAGGAUCCUGCAGCUUUCGGCGCUGACUCUGUGCUGGUGAAAAGUUCCAAACACUACCUGAGCAUCCGCUACACACUCCUGCCAUACCUUUACACACUCUUCUAUAGAGCUUACAUCAGUGGGGACACUGUGGUGAGACCCAUCAUGCAUGAAUUCUACUCAGACCCUGCAACAUGGACAGUGGAUCUUCAAUUUCUAUGGGGAGCACAUUUGCUUAUCACACCAGUACUGGAUGCUGGUGUGGACAAAGUUAGAGCAUACAUUCCUGAUGCUGUAUGGUAUAACUACGAGACAGAAGAGAAAAUCAAGGAGCGGAAACAGCAAGUUGAAAUCUACUUGCCACUAGAUAAGAUGGGUGUUCACAUCAGGGGUGGAGCCAUUCUGCCAAUCCAGAGACCUGCAGUCACUACUGUGGAUAGUCGGCGUUCUCCUAUGGGCCUAAUCAUUGCGCUUGAUGACAACAACCAGGCAUCAGGCGAGCUGUUCUGGGAUGAUGGACAUUCUCGAGAUACUGUUUCAUCUGGGGUCUACAUCCUUUACCAGUUCUCUGUUGUUCAAGGACUGCUGACAAUGAAGGCACUCCACAGUGGAUACGCUGAUCCAAACAAUCUGGUGUUUGAGAAUGUCACUGUUUUAGGACUGAGUAGCCCCCCCACGACUGUGACCAUCGAAGAUGGCAACAUAGUCACUGCUUUGCCAGAGUCCAACAUUCAAUAUGACUCAGUGAAGAAGGUGCUACAUCUGAGAAAUCUCCAACUGCAGCUGGGGAAAGAUUACAAACUUGCCUGGAAUUCAAUCGUUGACGAUUUACAGCGGUUUGACUGCUAUCCAGGGGAAAUGGCCACUGAAGAGUCCUGCAUAAAAAGAGGCUGCAUCUGGGGGUACACACAUCUAAAUGGUGUGCCGUGGUGUUAUUUCCCCACGGAUUAUGGCUACAUUGCUGAGACUUCACAGGAAAUGCCAUAUGGAUGGAGCUUUAAUAUCAGGCGGAAUGAUAAAUACCCUGCUCCACGUAUUUUAUCUAGAGACAUCAACAUACUACGGGUGGAAAUCAAAUAUCUGACUGGACACUCCCUACAGUUUAAGAUCUUUGAUCCAGCUAAUAAGCGUUAUGAAGUUCCUGUUCCUCUUCAUUUACCAUCCACACCAGAGGUACCGGAGGAAAAGAGGAUGUACACAGUAAAUUUCACAAAGCAACCAUUUGGUAUUCAGGUGAUCAGGAAAAGCACAGGAACCAUCAUUUGGAAUUCGUCUGUUCCUGGCUUUACUUUCUCUGACCUGUUCAUACAAAUUUCAACUCUACUUCCUUCACAAUAUAUCUUUGGCUUUGGGGAGACUGAACAUACAAGCUUUAGACACGACAUGAACUGGCACACAUGGGGCAUGUUCAGUAAGGACCAACCACCAGGGUAUAAGUUGAACUCUUAUGGUGUGCAUCCCUUCUACAUGGGCCUGGAGCCAAGCUCUCAUGCUCAUGGAGUCCUGCUGCUCAACAGCAAUGCCAUGGAUGUGACAGUUCAGCCAACGCCUGCUCUCACUUACCGCACCAUUGGUGGGAUCCUUGACUUCUACAUGUUUAUGGGUCCCACUCCAGAACUGGUGGUAGAAGAAUACACUGAGAUGAUUGGCCGUCCAGUUCUCCCAGCAUAUUGGUCUCUAGGAUUCCAGCUUUGUCGCUAUGGUUAUGCUAAUGAUUCAGAAAUUGCUGAGCUUUAUGCUGAUAUGUUGAGUGCCAGUAUUCCUUAUGAUGUCCAGUAUGCAGAUAUUGACUACAUGGAGAGGCAGCUGGACUUUGUGCUCGAUAAGGACUUCGUCAACCUUCCUCAGCUGGUCAAAAAAAUGAGGGGGGAGGGCAUGCGUUUCAUCUUCAUCCUGGAUCCUGCAAUUUCAGGCAAUGAGACUGUUUAUCCUGCCUUCGAGCGCGGUGUUGAAAAGGACGUGUUCAUUAAAUGGCCAGCUGAGUUGGGUGACGGCAUCGUCUGGGGAAAAGUAUGGCCUGACUAUCCAAAUGUUACAGUUGAUGACUCUCUGGAUUGGGAGACACAAGUAGAGAAAUUCAGGUCGUAUGCAGCAUUCCCAGACUUUUUCCGGAACCGUACAGCAGAGUGGUGGCAGAGAGAAAUCAGUGACUUCUAUAAUAGCAUGACUUUUGAUGGCCUGUGGAUUGACAUGAACGAGCCAGCUAGUUUUGUCGAUGGCACUGUUGGAGGAAAUUGUCUAGGCCAAGCAAUCUUUGAUGAUCCACCAUACAUGCCACCACUGGAGUCUAAGGAACGAGGGCUGACUCACAAAACCCUCUGUAUGAACAGUCAGCAGUUUCUUCCCGAUGGCACUCCGGUUAAACACUAUGAUGUGCACAACCUGUAUGGCUGGUCUCACACCAAACCAACUUAUGAUGCCUUGCUGAACGUAACAGGGAAGAGAGGAAUUGUGGUGAGUCGCUCAACAUACCCGAGCAGUGGGCAAUGGGCAGGACACUGGUUGGGAGAUAACACAGCUGCCUGGGAUCAACUCUACAAGUCUAUAAUAGGGAUGAUGGAGUUCAGUUUGUUUGGAAUCCCUUAUACUGGCGCUGAUAUUUGUGGGUUCUUUAACCAAGCUGAGUAUGAGAUGUGCCUUCGCUGGAUGCAGCUGGGAGCAUUUUACCCAUAUUCCAGAAAUCAUAAUGGCAAGGGGAAUCCGAGACAAGACCCAGUGGCAUGGGAUGCUGCAUUUGCUAUUGCAUCUCGAGACGUCUUGAACAUCCGUUACACACUUCUCCCCUACCUGUACACACUCAUGUUUGAGGCUCACACUAAAGGCAGUACUGUGGUCCGGCCUAUGCUGCAUGAAUUUGUGAAUGAUAAAGUGACAUGGGACAUUUAUAAACAGUUCCUGUGGGGUCCAGCACUGCUCAUCAGUCCUGCUCUGGAUAAGGGAGUAACUGAGGUUAAUGGCUACAUCCCUAAUGCACGCUGGUAUGAUUACCACACGGCAAAGUUGGUGAAUGUGAGAGGCAAGUUUCUUACCAUGUCCACUCCACUCAAUCACACCAACAUACAUGUGAGAGGAGGAUUCAUACUACCAUGGCAGAAACCGGAGAACAACACACAAUACAGUCGCAAGAAUCCUCUCAGUCUGAUUGCUGCUCUUGAUGAUGAUGGAACAGCAACAGGUUCUCUGUUCUGGGAUGAUGGAGAGGGAAUUGACACAUAUCAGAAGAAUGAAUAUCUCCUGACAUACUUCACUGUGUUUAAGAACACUCUCUCAAACUUAGUUAUGCAUUAUAGUCUAGCUCCAACUGAUCAGCUCAUACUUGGCCAAGUAAAAGUUUGGGGUGCGGGAAGUCUUGCCAUCACUAAGGUGACCAUGAAGACAGUUGAAACUGAAAUGCCGCUGACCACAUUUUCCCAUGAUCCAGUCACAGAGGAGCUGUUCAUCGACGUAACAAGCAAAUCACAUGCAAUAGGAGAACAAUUCUCUAUCACUUGGAGCACAGGAAUAUGAAAAGGAAAACACAAAUCAAGAUCAACUCUUCAUUUCCCAUUAUUUGAAUAGUAUUUAUAGAUUCAAGCAACAUCACUAAUGAAAAGCAAAUCUGAGUGAAUUCUCUCUUAUGUAAAUUGUACACGGUGAGCUUAUUUUCCAAAGAACAUCCAAAUUGUAAGAAACUAAUUGUAAUAAAUUAAAGGCAAAAAAAAAAAAAACACCACCACAUGGAGUCUGUUCGUGUACAGUGCAAAGUGCUUCAUUGGAAAACCAUGGGAAGAUGAUAAUAAUAACCCCUAAUUAUCAACAAUCUCAUUUUUUUUGGCCGACAACCUGCCAGGCCGAUUUCAUGCACCAUUAGCUCUCAGCUAUAAUAAUAUGAUAAUCAAUUAUUCAUUCCACGAUAAACAUAUAAAUUUAGCGAUGGGGAUUUCAAAUUGAUUUCUGCUCUAAUUGGCAAUCAGCAUGUGGUAUGUGAGGUGCGUGUGUUGGUUUGGAAGAGGGUGAAGGCGCCUUAGGUGGUCACUAAUGACGAUUAUACCAGAGACAUAUCCUUCCCAAGAUAGUGAAGGUCCAACUGUGCAUAUAAUUAUUUGGUGUUUCAUUUGGAGAGAUGGUGCAUUUGAAGCAACUAUUCAAUUAGCAGAAAACAGCAGUCCUGUUUCCCUGGUAGGAAAAACUGACAUGCACAUGGCAGGAUGCUGAAACAAACACUCAAAAACACAGACCCAGAUGCGCGCGCACACACACACACACACACACACACACACACACACACACA